AUGAAUGAAGCAAAGAGUGAAACACUCGAUGCGGUUGGAAGUAAUUCGACGACGACGACGACAAUAAAAGAUGAAGGUGAUGUCAGCUUGAAUACAAUCUAUUUCGAUCGUCGGCCAAUUAAGAGCGAGUCGACGAACGCUGGGGAUUUGUGUGUAUUGGCAGAUGCUGCAGUGACUGUCUAUGAUGCAUCCACACUCGAACAAGGCCUUUUCGCUCAGGCUAACGUAAGCAUCAUCAAUUCGAAGACAGAAUGGUCGUCAAUCGCAAGCGGAAAGCCAGCAACGAAGCCAAGUCUGAACGAGGUCGUUAUCGAGACACAUUCGUCAGUUCAGUGUGGUGAAUCGACGCCGUUCGAGAUGAUACGAGCUGGCCACGAGGCAGCACGACAUGAGGAGAGUAUUGAUCUGGAUAGAAUCAAACAUGAAGAAAGCGUCGGUCAGGAGGAAGAUGUGGUUCAAGAUGGGAUGAACGUAGAUAAAGAUUCAGAUGAGGGAUCGGAAUAUAAACCUGAAUCUGAUGAUGCCGAAGAAGAAUCUGAAGAAGAGGCGGCAGUGAUGAAUGAAUCGUUUGAUGAUGGGAAGAAGCCACCACACAGAAUAAGGGCUGAGAGCAAAGGAAACGUGACAAAGCUAAGGCGAUUGCGUGACGAUGCGAACGAUAAAGAUUUCGACGAGAGAGUGAGGUCAGCAGAAUGCGGUGCAUCCGAGGGUGGCAGUAGCCAUGAGCUGAAGAGCGGAGUUCGUGUACCAGCGGAAUGCUGGCUUAAACUGUACAAGUAUCAGAGGACCGGAGUGCGAUGGUUGAAUGAACUGCACGAUCAGUGUGUAGGCGGUAUAUUGUCGGAUGAGAUGGGUCUGGGCAAGACCAUACAAGUGAUUUGUUUUUUGAGGGCACUCGCCUUCUCACAACUCGAGAGUCGAGGGUUCGGCUACAAAGGUCUAGGACCGGUUCUGCUGGUGUGUCCGACGACGUUGAUGCAUCAGUGGCUAAAAGAGUUUCGUGUUUGGUUUGCCCAGUGCCGAGUUGGCAUUCUGCAUUCGAGUGGUUCCUAUCGAGGCUCACCCUCAGCACUCGUACACAAGUUCAGUAAGUACCAUGCGAACGGUUGUGCUCUGCUCACAUCUUAUUCGACGUUCACAAAACAACGCAAACUGAUCACAUCGGCGAAUUGGCAUUAUGUGAUACUGGACGAAGGGCAUAAGAUACGAAAUCCUUCAGCUCAGAUAACGAUCGCCAUCAAAGAGGUUCGUACACCGCAUCGUCUCAUUCUUACGGGUUCACCACUACAAAAUUCACUGAAAGAGCUUUGGUCUUUGAUGGAUUUCGUUUAUCCGGGACGUUUGGGUGCAUUGCAAACGUUUACGGAUAGGUUCGCAAUUCCGAUAACUCAAGGCGGUUAUGCGAACGCUAAUGCAGUGCAGGUACGGACCGCAUUCAAGUGUGCGUGUGUCUUGAGGGAUGCAAUAAACCCUUAUAUAUUGAGACGUAUGAAGAAGGACGUUGAAAUGGCUAUACAAUUGCCACCGAAGACAGAGCAGGUUCUGUUCUGCGACAUAACGAGGCAUCAACGGUCACUCUACAAAGAUUACAUAUCGUCUCGAGAAUGCGCUCGUAUACUCAGUGGUAGGAUGGACGCUUUCGUGGGUUUGAUCUCGUUGAGGAAGUUGUGCAAUCAUCCGGAUCUGGUCACUGGUGGACCGAAUAAAUACAACGAAUACGACGUUGCGAUUGAUGAGGAUAUGGAGUUUGGUGCGGCAUGCAGAAGUGGUAAAAUGAUGGUUCUGAAGUCGUUACUGAAAUUGUGGAAGGAUCAACAGCAAAAAGUUUUGCUGUUCUCGCAGAGUCGUCAGAUGUUGACUGUCCUUGAGAAAUUCAUCAUUAAAGAAGGAUACGAAUAUUUGCGUAUGGAUGGUUCAACGUCGAUCGCGUCUCGUCAGCCACUGGUGGAGCGAUUCAAUUCAGACCAUCAAAUUUUUGUGUUUCUGCUGACAACACGAGUCGGUGGGUUAGGUAUCAAUUUAACGGGUGCGAAUCGCGUGGUUAUCUUCGAUCCUGAUUGGAAUCCUUCGACUGAUAUUCAGGCUCGUGAAAGGGCUUGGCGUAUUGGACAGGAUCGAGCAGUGACCAUUUAUCGUUUACUGACGAGUGGUACGAUCGAGGAGAAAAUUUAUCAUAGGCAAAUAUUUAAGCAGUUUUUGGCGAACCGAAUUUUGGUCGAUCCAAAGCAAAGACGCUUCUUCAAGACGAAUGACCUCUAUGAAUUGUUCAGUUUAGGUGACGAGAAGACGAUCAAAGCGAAAGGAACUGAGACCGCGUCGAUUUUCAGUGGUACUGCCGAGGAGAUCAAUCGCAACAAUUAUUUCGAUAUCAACGAGAAAGAACGUCACCGAAAAGCGAGUGAACGUAAGAAGAAAGCGAAUAAAGUGAAGAAAGGUGCUGAAGCAAUCGAGAUAGAUUCGGAUAGUGACGAAGAUGUGAAACAACUCGUGGAACAAGUGCUAUCGGCCGAGAAGAUAGCCGAAUUGAAGAGAUUAGCGCGAAAGAUCAGUAGGUCUAUUGGCAAAAACAAGCAGAAAGAAGGUGAGCAUGAUAAAGGUGACGAACUGCAAUCGUCAUCUGCGUCCACCUCGAAAAAAGAACGCCAAAAGGAAAGACACUCAAAACGAAGAAGAAAAUCGUUAUUGGAUGGUCGUUACGAGAUACCGUACUUGAAGAAGCAGUCUCAGUUCAAAGAGAAUUCCAAAGAUGGCUCUGAAGAAGUGGAUGCAAAAGCGCAGAAUGAUUACGUGCUGAGGAAGUUGCUGUCGAAUGCGGGUGUGCAUUCGGCGUUCAGACACGAUCAGAUCUUUGUGGAGGGCACUGCAGAUUAUCAACUGAUCGAAGAUGAGGCUGAUUCGGUGGCCAAAAGGGCUGCUGCUUCGUUGAGACGAUCCAGGAGAUUCGUGAUGGAUACUAGUAACGAUUCAUCAAUAGGUGGCAGUUCAGCUAAAAAGCAACGUUUUGGAACGAAGAAGACGAAUAAUUCCAAGAUGAAUGCUGUUUACGAUGAGAAUGAGCAACGCAACGAAAGUGACGCGGACGAUACUAAUGACGAAGGGACAUUUUUCAAUGGAAAUAAACUGAGUAAGGAGAGCUCGAUGAGUCUGUUGGAUGCAAUCAGAGCACGAAAGGAGAAGACUCUGGAUGAGGAUGACGAUCUGGAUGCGCUGGAGUAUCCGUCACUGCUGACGUCCGUUGAAGCGAGCUCAUCAACAGAGACCAAGAAGCACGAUCGCUUCGGGCAGCUAGCCGAUGAUAUUCGCUGUUUUCUGGCUGUGAGAGACGGUCGAGCGAGUACUGAUGAAAUUGUGCAGAAAUUUAGGAACGAAGUGCCAGUGCAAGACACUAGUGCGUUUCGCUCAAUACUGAAACGUCUUUGUACAUUCCGGAAUGAGACUCGUUUUUGGAUUUUGCGAGACGAAUACAGAUGA